AUGGAGGGUCAGGGAGAAAAUGAUGAGCUCUACCCCAUUGCCGUUCUCAUUGAUGAACUGAAGCAUGAUGAGGUUACUCUUCGCAUCAACGCUAUACGCCGUCUUUCUACGAUUGCAUUGGCCUUAGGACCGGAGAGAACUCGGGACGAACUUAUUCCUUUCCUCGAUGACUCUGUCGAGGACGAAGACGAAGUCCUAACCGCUCUGAGCGAUGAGCUGGGCAGUUUCGUGGAAUAUGUUGGCGGUCCGGAAUUUGGUCAUGUACUCCUUUCUCCCCUGGAGAACUUGGCAGCCAUUGAAGAGCCAUUGGUGCGGGAGAAGGCCGUCGAGUCGCUCAACAAGAUCGGGGAGGAAUUAUCCGAGAAGCAGAUCGAAGAAUACUUCAUCCCCAUGGUUAUUCGCCUCUCGAAAGCCGACUGGUUCACAUCGAAAGUCUCAGCCACGGGUCUCUAUUGCGUUCCCUACAGGAAAUCACAACCGCCACUGCAGCAAAGUCUCCGCCAAUAUUUCGGAGGCCUUGUACAUGACGAGACGCCGAUGGUGCGACGACAGGCGGCAAAUAACCUUGCCAAGUUUGUCAAGGAAAUGCAGACACAAGUGAUCAUUGAAGAAAUAAUACCCUUGUUCCAAUACUUGGCAAGUGACGAUCAAGACAGCGUGCGCUUGUUGACUGUGGACAUUCUCAUCUCUAUCGCCGAGGAAAUCCCCAAGGAGCAACAACCCAGCCAUGGUGUCCUGCUGACCUCCCUGCGCAAUCUUUUCGAGGAUAAGAGCUGGAGAGUGAGAUACAUGGUUGCUGAUCGAUACGAGAAGAUCGCUAAAGCUGUACACGAAGAGGUUGUUACUCGCGACAUGGUGCCCUCAUUUGUUAAGCUUCUGAAGGACACAGAGGCUGAAGUUCGGACUGCAAUUGCGGGCCAGAUUCCAGGUUUCUGCAGCUUGAUUGACCGGGAGACCUUGCUUAACGAGAUUAUGACGAGCGUGGAGGAUCUUGUCUCGGAUCCAUCCCAGCAUGUGCGAGCGGCGUUGGGUACUCAAAUUAGCGGACUGGCCCCGAUCCUCGGGAAAGAAGAGACAAUUGCCCAUCUGCUCCCGAUGUUCCUUCAGAUGCUGAAAGACGAGUUCCCCGAUGUUCGCCUGCAUAUCAUUUCCAAGCUGGAAUUGGUCAACAAAGUCAUCGGCAUCGACCUCCUUUCGCAGUCGCUUCUCCCUGCCAUUGUCCAGUUAGCUGAAGACAAACAAUGGAGAGUUCGGCUUGCUAUCAUCGAGUACAUCCCUCUUCUCGCUAGUCAGCUGGGUGUCAAAUUUUUCGACGAACAGCUCAGCGACUUGUGCAUGGGCUGGCUCGGUGACACUGUCUUCUCUAUCAGAGAAGCUGCCACUCAAAAUUUGAGAAAGCUCACAGAAGUCUUCGGAGUCGAAUGGGCUCAGGGCUCUAUCAUCCCGAAGGUUAUGGCCAUGGGACAACAUCCUAACUAUCUCUACAGAAUGACCACAUGCUUUGCUAUCUCGACUCUUGCGCCCGUUGUCUCGCUGGACAUCAUCGAAAACUCAAUCCUUCCUAUUCUAGACAGACUCGUGACGGAUGAAAUUCCCAAUAUCCGCUUCAAUGUCGCCAAAUCCUACGCUGUAUUGAUCGACACACUACGUCGCCUUCCCGCUGAAGGGACGCUAUCCGAGCUCGAGAAAGCUGGGAAACCAGCGACCCCGUCACCUCGGAGUCAGGAGCUUAUCCAGCAGAGAAUCCUCCCCAGUCUAGAGAAGUUGCAGCAGGAUGAAGAUGUCGAUGUCCGGUACUUUGCUACGACAGCCGCGGGCGGCCACGAGGAGGCCAUGCAGACUUCACCCUAG